AUGUCCCUCAAUCAGCAGACCCUGGAUCCCGAAUUAUCGACGAUCCUUGAAAUCCGAUAUCCCGGGGUUGAAGGGGAUCGGUUUAUAAAUGGAGCCAAAGGCGCCAUAAACAGCCUCGCGAUAACCUUUGAUGACCAGGAUGCAGUGAAAACCUUCAUUGAGAUGGUUGAGGAGCGGCAGUAUGAGGAUAUACGAGACAGCGUGCUAGGUGCGCCAGGAACUCCUCAAAAGCAAUCCAUUGCCUUUAUGGAAUUCGAUUCAGCUUCAGCAGAGGAUAACCGCGGAAAGGGAACAAGAUCGAAUUCUACUGUGGCCAUCGAUGCUAAUCCUUCUUCCCCUCUUCACAACAUUUCAUCGCAUAAGCGGCACAAUCAAGAUUCGACAACUACGUCUGCGAUGCAGAUUCAUGCCUCCACGGUUCAGCUUGCCGAAAGAUCAAGCAAUAGAUUGUCUAAGCGUGCAUCGGGACCGAAGCUCUCCCUAGAGGACGAGCCCUUGAUCGGACUGCCACAUACUUCUCAGAGUAGCCCAAAGCGUGUGCGGUCAAGGGCUAGGAUGACCUCAGGACGGGUGCAGCUGGGUCGCAGAAAUACGGAAGUGGAUGUUGCGGAAGGUGCUAUUGAGAAAGAACCAGCAUCCCAAUCGCCUUCAGAUGCAGAAAGUAUCAUCGUAGUUGACUUUGCCCGCAAAACACCCAGACCAGAGCUCGCUAUGGCCAAAGUGGUAGUUUCCCAGCCUGAUGCACAAAGCGAUUCUCAAGCUGAAGGAGGAACAGCCAAAGUGGGCCUCAAGCGGAGGACAGUCAAAGACGUUACAGCUCUUCAGAACGAACAGAUGCAGAAACCACUCAAAUCCACAUUAGAGGCAGCUGACUUUGACCUCCCACCUUCCAGUGAUGAGGAAAUUCGUCCCAUAAAGAAGGCAAAGACGAAAACUUCUAUGACCCCGACCAAGUCAUCUCUGAAGGAACCCAAAAGCACGAAAAAGGGGAAACGACACAAGAAAAAGCAGAUCGAGAAGAUGAUCAGGCCGGCGGGUGAAAAGUCCCAGAGGACGGCCGCCUCAACGAGGUCCAGGCGGGCUGCCAAAAAAACACCAACGUAUGUUGAGAGACCAGAUGAGAGCAAUGAGGAUAUCACAAAGGAAGAUAUCGAAGAAAGAGAGAGGGAGAAGCAUGAAACGCAUGACAAAGCAGCGGAGGUUGUUCGAGGCUCCCUUCCCCUCAGCAAAGGGGCAACAAAGAAGGGUCUGAAAGCUUCCCAACGCGGUUUUGCAUCGAACAUGCAAGAGAUCCUUGACGGAGACAGCACCAAUGGGGAGGAUGGACUAGCACGACGCCCUCUGGCAUGCUACACUCCAGACGACCAACUCACACCAAUGCACGGCUCCGUUGCCCGGCAGACCAGCCCUGAACAGGCUGUAGCGAGCAACGAGAAGCACACAUCAAAACAUUCGGGCGAAAAUGCCGUCUCUAAAACUAUUGCUGGUUCAAAGGGUGAUGAUCAGCAGAAAUCUACUUACCAAGGCGACUCCAAGCGACCGAGUGAGAGUUCGAUACCUCCAGUGAGCGAAAAGCUACUGCGAAAGACUAGAAUCGUACACUUUGGACCUCAAGGCCCUGGUAAUCAGGCCGUUCCAAUCAAGUCUCCAGUGACGCUUAGCGAUUGCGAAUCGACAAAGGAGCUCAGUCCAGCCCCCAAACGUGUAAGGGUUUGGCAAGAUGAACGUGUGGAAGACAUCGACGAACUUGCUCCGGACCACUGCGACGAGUCUUCACCGAGCCCGCCAGAAAUCGAGGAAACUCGGAAUCUAUUUGCACACGAUGGGGGUGAUAUACCGAAGGAGCCUGGUAGACGCCAAGGGCUGGAUGUUUAUGCACAUGCUGACAACAUGGGCGAGCAAAUCGUCUCAGCUUCUGAUGAACAGACGAGUAUCAUCAAUGAACCAGAAACUUCCAGGCAUGUUAUCUCCAGAACUGAGAACACGGCCAGUGGGAACGCCCCCCGGUUUUCUAGCCCUCCUCGCUCGCACAAGACCGAUAUACCCCAAACCAGACUACAAAGACCGUUCCUUGCUGAUGAUGCGUCUCAUUAUGACGCUUCUAGAGCCAAAGGAACGCAGAUCACUGGAGAGUCGAUAACCCAGUCCAUAAAGACCAAAUCCGCCUCGGAUCAGGUAUAUACGCAAACCAGAAAACCCGUUGGAAACAGCAAGAAUCAUGCAGGUCAUCAAACACCCGCAACGAAAGAAUCCAGCACACGGAGUGCUGUAUCCCAUGCGCUCCUUUCAACUUCUCAUGAAAUCAUACAAUUUCAGAAUCCAGAGCCGACUCGAGAGUUGGACAACACGGGGCUGUCCCGCAGAGUCAAUGCUGCACCCAAAACUCACUGUGAUAUUGUGUCAUUAACGCAGGACAAUCCAGUGGCGGGCUCGCAGGGCACGCGUGAGUCUUGCACGUUACUCCCGCAUAUUGCAGCCGAUUCAAUGGCUCCGCCUCCACCACCAGCCGACUCGGUCAGGCAGCCCAGUUCUCUUCGCAGAAUACGACCCGCAGCACAGGCUAGGCAAACAGCUCUACCUUUGAAAGCAAUGAGUCAGCCCGUCAUUACGGGGCCUAUCAGGGUGAAAAAGAGCAUGAGCCUGCCUUUCGUUAUUGAGCCUGAGCUUGAGCCCGAAUUACCUCCAGCAACGCCAGACUCGUUCUCCACGCGUCUUCACCUGCAUGACCGCUUUUCAAUUAAUGAAGUGCCAGACAAUGGAGGCCCGAAAACGAUAGGAGUAGACACGUGGCAGAACGUUGAUAAUGACAGCUUGACUAUUGUAAAUGGAGACGAAACAGUCUAUGGAGACUGUCUAGGCCGUGGGCUCAAGCGAGGGCAGAGACAACAAUCUAACUCGGAACAUGAUGGCUCGAUGACUGCGUCUCCUUCCAACGAACCUGGAGGAGACUCCAGACGAGGCGACUCGAUAAUGGCAUUUCCAUCUGCCCGUGAGUCUCAACGGGGUAUGCUUGAUGCCAUCAUCAACAUAACUAAUGAUGUCCUAUUCCGAUUCGGCGCAGAAGAAGACGCCAUUAGAUCGAAGGUCAGCGAAUACGAUCGUGGAGGGGGAGUAAUUAUCCAGACUUUAACAGACACGUGGACUCAACGUCUGGAACACGAGCGACACCUCCUCGAGGAUAUCUUGAAGGAGGAGAAAGAGGUUCUGACAACGGCGCUGCAACUUGUACAAUGUACGGACCAGUUGGGUGGAAACUGGAGAGAGACCAUUUAUAAUCGGGGGUUGACAAGGCAAGUACAGGACAAAGGCGAGGGCGUUGCACGGAAGAUCGAGAACCUGAAGAAUAGAGGCUGA